AUGGCCCAGUAUCAAGAGACUAAACCAAACCAACAGAUUAAAAGACUCACUAAUAUAAAAAGUCAGAGCAACAUAGCUAACUUGAAGUCUAAAACUGCCAAAGAACGUUGGGUCCAUUUGUCAAGAACAUUUGAUGUGAAAAGCUUAAUUCAGCAAGUUUUGGAAAUGAAUUCUCAGUAUAACUAUGUUGUUAGUAUUUUAUCAAAGCCUCCAAGCCUUAGACAACAGUCUGAAUGUGAAGAACUGGUGGGCUGGUUCAAAUCAAGAGUGCGGAAAAUUUUCAACAAUUUGAAAACAGAAACUAUUACAGAUGUCAUAAGGAAUUGUAAAUUUGAAAGAAAAAAGGCAAAUGAGUUGAUUAUUAAACAAGGAGAAAUUGGAGAAAAAAUGUUCAUUGUUCUGAAAGGCUCGCUGUCAAUCUAUGUUCAAGAUUUAUUAAAUGAUGUUGACCAAUUAAAUGUGAUAAAUUCCAUGUGUAAAGGUGAACUACUAGAAGACAGGUCUAUAUUAGGAGAAUAUAAGGCAAGCACAGGUGCUAGCUCUGUGGUUGGAGAACUGGCUCUUAUCAAGAAAGAUUGUGUACGCAUAGCAAGUGUUGUUGUGGAUGAAGAAACAGACCUGAUAGUCAUUGACCUAGAACUGUACAACCGAUCAGUGCGUGAAACCUUGGAGAGAGACUACAUAGAACGUCGCAAGUUUGUACUUGACAAUCCUCUAUUCAAAGGUCUUGCACACAAAACCAGACGUCAGUUAAUUAUCUCUCUAAAGAAGGAAACAUUUCAAUAUGGAAAUACUAUUGUGAAACAAGGAUCUCCUCUUGAUAAGACUUACUUUAUUUUAGAGUAA